GAUGCGGGAGUCUGGAGGGACGAGCUGACGACUCAGCCUGCCUGUCAUGUCGUGCACACACUUACAGUAAGGGAGAACUUCUCACUUUUGGCACUGACCUUCUGUUUCCACCGCCAGCAUGGAGUACUGGAGGCAGUGUGCGAUGUGGCUGAUCAGCUGCAACGUGCUGCCCGCCAACCACCGGGUGACCGCGGACACUGCGCAGGUGUUCGACCUGGCGCAAACCCUGCGGGACGGGGUACUGCUGUGCCAGCUGCUCAACAACCUGAAACCCCACACCAUCAACCUGAAGGAGAUCAACCUGAGGCCGCAGAUGUCCCAGUUCCUGUGCUUGAAGAACAUUCGGACUUUCCUGACUUCUUGCUGCAGUGUGUUUGGGAUGAAAAAAAGUGACCUGUUUGAAGCCUUCGAUCUCUUUGAUGUUCGAGACUUUGUAAAGGUUAUGGACACUCUAUCCAAGCUCUCUAACACAGCAAUUGCUCAGCAAGGAGGAUUCAAGCCAUUUCCAACAGAGGAGAGCCUUAAAGACGAGGACAUUUACAACAAUCUGGAAGACUUGAUCGAUGAGAGUGUUCCUGAGGAUGAGGAUGACUUGUAUGCAGCGGUCUAUGGGAUGGAAGACGACUAUGCAGGUGGAGAGAUCUACGAAGACCUCAUGAGGACUGAACCGCAUCCUCCACAGAAGCAGGUGGAGAUUGACGUCCGAAGCUGCUGCCUUACAGAGAUCAAACAGACGGAGGAGAAAUACACAGAGACCCUGGAGUCCAUUGAGAAGUAUUUCUUGAAUCCGCUGAAGAAAUUCUUCUCUGCAGCUGAAAUUGACAAAGUUUUUGUCAACAUUCCAGACCUGGUUGAAGUUCACAAGAGCCUGACGGUGGAUGUGCAGGAUUCCAUCCUGAACAAAAAUGCCUUAAAUCUCUACCAGAUCUUUAUCAGCUACAAAGAGAGGCUGCUCAUUUAUGGGAUAUACUGCAGUCGGGUGGAGAUCGCCAUUGCUGUUUUAGAUCUCAUCUGCAAAGAGAAAGAGGAUGUUCGACUGAAGCUGGAGGAGUGCUCCAAAAGAGCCAACAAUGGGAGGUUCACACUGAGGGACCUGCUGGUUGUCCCGAUGCAGAGAGUCCUCAAAUACCAUCUCCUUCUACAGGAGCUAGUCAAACACACUCACGAUGCUGCUGACAAGAGCAACUUGAAGAUCGCUCUUGAUGCCAUGAAAGACCUGGCGCAGUAUGUCAACGAGGUGAAGAGAGACAAUGAGACUAUACGGGAGAUCGACCAGUACCAGAGGUCUAUCGAAAACCUGAAUCAGCGACUAAUCACUUUUGGUCGACCAAAAGGGGAUGGAGAGGUGCGCAUGGUCUCCAGUGUUGACAAGAGGAAACAGGACAGACACAUCUUUUUAUUUGAUGUGGCUGUCAUUGUUUGCAAGAGAAGAGGAGACAACUAUGAGAUGAAGGACAUUCUCGACCUCAACUACUUCAAGAUCACCAACAACCCCACGUCCGACAGAGAGUGCAAAAAGUGGUGCUAUGGCUUCUAUGUGACACACCAGCAGGGACACACGGGAUUCGAACUCUUUUUUAAGACCCGGGAGCUGAAGAAGAAGUGGCUGGAUCAGUUUGAAAUGGCCAUAUCAAAUAUUCGCCCAGAGAAAGCAAACCACAACUCCCACCAGUUCAAGAUGCACACAUUUGAGAGGAUCACCUCCUGUAGCUUCUGUCACCUCUUGCUCAGGGGCAUCUUUAACCAGGGUUAUCUCUGUCUGAAAUGUGGCCUCGGGGCUCACAAAGAGUGUCUGGGCAGACUGGGUGUCUGUGGGAGAACAGAUCCUGCCAAGCCGAGGCCCAAGGAAAACACAACACCACCAGACCCAGGUUUACCUAGAAUGGUUGUGAUCAGAGACUACAGUGGCAUCCCCUGUCCCCAGUGUGGGCCCCCACUAAGCAUUCAUGCAGGGGAUGUCAUUGAACUGAUGUUUGCCGAUCUGCACAGCUCCUGGUGGCAGGGCAGAAUUCUGGCGACAAGCAAGAUUGGCUUCUUUCCAAGUGACGCUGUGAGGCCUUGCCCAUGUGUUCCAAAACCUGUGGAUUACUCUGGUCACCUCUGGUUUGCAGGGCCCAUGGAGAGAUACCAGGCUGAGGUAGAGCUCCUGGACAGGGGAAACAGCACCUAUCUGGUUCGACACAGGAGUAAAGAGUGCACUGAAUAUGCCAUCAGCAUAAAGUUCAACGAUAAAGUCAAGCACAUUAAGAUUCUGACCAAGGAGGGAGGCUUUUACAUUGCGGAGACUCGGCUGUUCAAGACUGUGCUGGACUUGGUGGAGUACUACAGACAGCACUCUCUGAAGGAGGGUUUCAGCAGUCUUGACACCACUCUGCAGGUCCCUUAUAGGGAACUGUCCAAUGAAAACAUGCCCAGGGCCAUUGCCAAGGUUGGCAGCGUCUUUUCUCCCAGGGUGGUGGGUAUUGCAGUGGCACGCUACGACUUCUGCUCCAGAGACACACGGGAGCUGACUCUGCAGCAGGGAGACAUUAUCAAGAUCUACACCAAGAUGUCCAAUGGGUGGUGGAAGGGAGAGGUUGAUGGCAGGGUGGGCUGGUUUCCCUCUACCUACGUAGACGAGGAGGACUGACUUGUUGCUGCUCAGCGUCCAUUCAAAGCUGACCACCUCCAGUGAGUGCCAUGCUGCUCUGCCACUCUCUGUGCUCGCAGUCAGAUCUCUUUGAUAAAACCCAGAGACUCGGACAUGAGAGGAGGCGGCAGUGCCCUCAAAAACCUUCUCCUGCCCUCUGACAGACUCUCCUGCAGAGGAGAUGUCAAAUCACAGAUUCCAGGAGCGUCACGCCAUAUCUUGCCUCUCCGCUGCCCCGUCUGCCCCUGCGGCUCACCAAGAAGUACAUGUGCUGCACCCAGAUAACCCUCCCCUGUUCUUUCCCACUCACCUUCUCUUAUUAUUGAUGGCUCCAUCGGCUGGAGUGAGACCUGCCCUGUCAUCAUGUUUCGAUACAAGGAGGGCUCAGUCACCCAACUGGAACACAGAUCCUGCUAACAGUGCACUGCCCAGGCACUCCACCAAAUUGACAUGCGGGUGCUGAGGAACUCCGACUACUGCACUGUGACCCUCUUUAGCUGUUCAGACGUUUGUGUCAUUUUAUUUAAAACAUUUCAAAUUACUGGACAGAUAUAACUUUCUAAUGUGUAAAUGCAUUUUUUAAACCCAAAUGUGAUGCUCUUUAUAAAAAAAGACUUUUUAAUAUGACAAACUGACAGACUUUUUAUCUUUCAGCUGGACAUGAAGUCAUUCUUUGUAUUUGUGGAAAGAAUACAUAUGUGGAGACCAGUAGUUGAUGAGAUCAUGGUCGAGGCUUUGAAAUCUGCCACUGAAACUAUGUCUCCCAAGAUGUGCUUCCUCUUUUAUGAGAUUUUUAAAAAAACGGUCUGAACCCCAAGCAGUUUUCCUUCCUUCUGUCAUAUUUUUUCUCACUGUUGGCUCAUUUUUCAAUGCAAUAUAAAGUCCUGCACUUCUAUGGAGACAGCGCUGCCAUUUCUACAAGGAGAAAGAGCGAGAGAGGAGUGAAAAAAGUUACAUUUAUUGAAUUGCUUAUUUAAAAAAACAAAAUUAAAACCUGGAGUCAACAUGUCCAGCAUUUUUUAAGUGCCCACAGGUGUUACUAAUAGUGGAAAAAGAGGUGCUACAGAUAAUUUACUAUGUUUACUAUCUUUAAUUUAUUUAUAUAGUUGUCUCAUAUCUGCUCUGUGUAGACAGCCUGCAUUUCAGCCAAAAAAAAAAAAUCUGUGAAUAUUUGUCACACGACUGUUGGUCACGGCUGAGUCGGUCAUGACUUUUUAGUUGUGCCAAGGAGUGCAGACGUUUUUCAAAAUAGAAUUUAAUGGUUCAUUUUCAGCAAAUUUUGCAAUGAGACGCGUAGAAUAAUGUGAUUUUGAUGAAUUGUUUAUUCAGUCUCUUGCUGAAGUGUGACACCAGUCUGAUAUCAGUCCCUUUAAUAUGAGGUUCCAGACAGGAGCAUGGUUUAACAUCAAGACUGGAAGCUGGAGAAAACAGCUGCUGUCACUCUACGCAAAAAGGUUUGUCUACCAGCAACUCAAAAAGUCCCGAAUAACAUGUUGUAUGUCAUUUGUUACAUUUUUGCAAAAAACAAUUGUAAAGAGACAAUUUGUGUCUUUGCUGGGGUUUGGUACUAAACUAUUUAUUGUCAGUAGUGACUUCCUGGAGCCUCUGCUGGUUGUCUGGCAACAUCACAGUGAAGACAGGAAUUAGUGAACUUACUGGUGCUGGUUGGUGGAAUCGGAAGCUAUUAUAGCCACUUGUCCUUGUUUCCAGUCUUAUGUUACGAUAAGCUAAUUGACCAUCUCCUGCUUAUAGCUUCAUGUUUAGUAGAAAGACAUGAGAAGUGUUAGGCCUUAUAGCUGCUACAGAUAUUUUUCCUGACAAAUAUGUUGCUCCGUUGUCCACACAACCUUUGUUUUAUAAAAUAUCCCCCAAUGCGAGGUAAAAUGACUGGAGCAAUGACAUCAUCUUUUACCAAACUCUACAUCUUACAUGUUGCUACACAUAAAGUGGAGUUUUUAUAAAUGUUCUCCUUAGAAGUUUAAAAAGUUCUUUGAGUGACCUAAAACACUGUGUAAGGAUGAUAAGACCCACACAUGGAGGGAAAUGUUUGUUUUAUAUCUCUAUUCGUGUGGACAAGUUAUGAGUUAUGCAACUCUCACGAAGAAAGAGAAUAAGCAUAUUUCCCAAAUAUUAAUCUGUACCUUUAAGCCAAAACCCUGAGGCUGGCCUCACAAGACUGAAUAAAUAUGGUGAAUCAUCAAAAGAAGGAAGCAUCACUUUUUGAUAAUGUCUCAUAAUGUUCAGCUUAAUGGCACUGGAGCACUAUAAUACCCACUUAUUAUGUUUGUCUACAGACACAUGGCGUCAUCAAAUAGAAAAUAUAUGCACAAAAGGAAUUACAAAGCCAAAUCAGUUUUCAAGUGUAUGUCUGGUGUGGAUUGUGUAAUUGGAGGUGUAAGUCUAUGCUUCGCUCCUUGAUCUUUUGAUCAUUCACUGUGGAAAGCAAAGAGCCCUUUUACAUUCUACAGAUUUUGUGUUUACCUCAACUCUUUUUGGUUUCACAAUGAAUGAUUCAAGGGUGAUGUAACAGCUGUUCACUGUAGAGCAAGGUAGCACAAGGGCAUUAAGCAAUGCUGUUUUCCUUCAAACGGUAACACCCCGCUAACCAUGUGUGUGACAUCAAUAUUUAAUAAAAGCAUACUCUUUGAAUUGUA